UUCCAGACGGGAAUUUGAUGACUGACUUCCAACAAGCAUUAGAUAGAUUGUAUAAAAGAACAAUACGAUUCUUCCUGUAAGGUGAUUCGACCUGCGAUUGUCGCCGUGUCAACAAACGUGGGAAAAGUUUCGGUAAUUGGCGUUGAACUGUGGUUGAGGUGUGAGGGAUUUAUAGUGCACCGCGUUGCGGUUGUUUUGAUAGGGAAGUGAAUAGUGGCAAACAUGAAAGCUUUUUUGCUGAUAUCUUUGUUGGCCGCAGCAGCAACAGCCUCGCCGCAUCUGUUUAAGAAAAAGCUCAUCAUCUCCUCUGAUAGCGAUAGUGGAUACAAUGGUGGAGGUGGCGGUGGUGCUGGAAGCGGCGGAUUCUCGAUCGGUGGAGGUGGUUUCGGUUUAAGCUUCGGCGGAGGCUUGUUGGGUGGCCAUGGAGGAGGUGGUGGCGGCGGCGGAGGCGGUGGUGGAUAUGGUGGAAACUCUGGAUCUGCUGGUGCCCAUGCUGGUUCAGGUGGCAGUGGUGGUGGUGGAUUUGGCGGACAUGGCGGUGGAGAUUACUCUCCUUCGUAUGGACAGAGCCCUGGUGGAGUAUCGUCCGGGCAUUCUAAUGGUAAUAGUUUUGCUAGUGCUAGUGCGAGCAGCUUUGCCAGUGCUAGCGCUGGAGGACAAAGCGGUGGAUUCGCGGGUGGCGUACCUGGAGGUGCUGUAGCUUAUGCCCCGGGGGGUGGUCACGGAGGAUCUGGAUCGGGCAUUAAUGGCGGUGGACAUGGCAAUGGCGGGUACACUGGCGGUUCGGUCGGAUUUGCUCCAAGUGGAGGUCAUGGAGGAUCUGUUGGAUUUAGUGGAUCAUCGGGUGGUCAGGAAGGCGCUUGGGCGCAAGGAGGCUCGAGUGGGGGACACCAAGGAUUUGCUAGUGGCGGUGGAUCAGGUGGAAGCUACGGCGGUGGAGGGUACGGUGGUGGAAUUACAAAAGAGAUUACAAUUACAAAGCAUGUUGAUCGUCCUGUCCCUUCCAAGCCGAUAGUGAUUGAAAAACCCGUUCCCGUCGACAGGCCCUACCCAGUUUACAUUGAGAAGCAAGUUCCUGUUACAGUAGUUAAAGAAGUUCCUGUGGAUAGGCCAGUUCCAGUACCAGUUGGCGGCGGUGGUGGUGGCGGAGCAGUGUCUGGUGGUGGCAGUUAUGCAACGGCAUUUGCAGGAGCAAGUAGUUAUGCUGCUGGAGGCAGCUUCGGUAGUGGUGGUGCUGGUAGUGGUGGACAAGGAGGUGGUUUCGGUGGUGGCGGACAUGGAAGUGGCUUUGAUGGUGGAUAUGGAGGAGGCGGUUAUGGUGGAAGUGGACAUGGUGCUGGCGGAUAUGGCGGAAGUGGGGGAGGACAUGGUAUAAGAAAAACUAUCACCAUUGAGAAGAGUUUCGGUAAGCCGAAACACCACCAUCACGGAUGGUGAUGUAAGAGAAUUUAUAUUUCAAUGCAAUUUUUAUUAGUGUAAACUAAAAUUCUUGUUGAACAGUUGAUAGAUAAUUAAUAUUUUUAUAUUAUUGUGAUAUGAAUAAAAUAAGAAUCUUAUACAGAAAA